AUGCAGAGCUCAAAGUAUGAGGCAGAAAUUGAGUUCAUUACAAAAGAGCAGUGGAAACAGAGUUGGAGUUUUUCCUUGGGGAAAAAGCAUCAGGACAACGAUGAUUAUCGUGACUUUAUUGAAAAGGUGUCAGCAGUGUAUGGAGAAGAAUGGAAAGACAAAUCCCCUGAAAACCUCAUGGAUGACAAAUAUUUUGAAAAAAUUUCAGAAUUUCUUAUUUCCAAAAAGAAGAUUUUAACAUUUGAAUCGGCUGAAGAGCUAUCUGAAAACCUUGUCAAUUUCACAAGAAGCGACUCAAAAGACAGAGAAGGUGAAGAAGUAAAGAGGUGGUAUUGGCCACUAGUGAAGUGUGUCACUGUCAAGGUGCCCGGGAAAGAUAUUCUCCGGAAUGUCACACUUGUGGAUCUUCCUGGAAAUGGGGACCGUAACAAGAGCAGAGAUAAAAUGUGGACAGAGGUUGUUGGAAGUUGUUCUACUGUGUGGAUUGUGGCUGACAUUAGUCGAGCAGCAUCAGAGACAGAAGCCUGGAACAUCCUGAAAGACACCAGUAGCAAAAUGGGAAAUGGUGGCCAAUGUCAAGAAAUUCACUUUAUCUGCACUAAGUCAGAUCUUAUUGAAGAUUCGGAUAGUCCUUCAGCUGCUGGUGAUCGUGCUCUCAAAUUUAAAAAAGUCAAGGAAGAAGUGAGAAAACAAUUCAACAAUCAAAGCAAGGUUAAGAAUCAUUUCAGUGAUGACUGUUUCAAAGUGUUCACAGUGAGCUCCAAAGAGUUUCUUAAACAAAACCAUCCAAACCCAGAUGACAAUGAAAUCCCCAAACUUAAGGAAUUUCUGCAAAAUCUCAAUGACUCUUACUCAGAGACAUUAAAGUAUGUGUCUGGAGCUCAUGGGAUUCUCUGUCUGAUUCAAGGGGCUAAAUCUAUAGAAGUGGCUGACAAACAAACAAAAGUGCGCACAAACCUUGAAGAGAACAUGAGACAUGAACUUGAUAAAGUCAGAGAAGCCAUGGACGAGGCUCAUAAGGCUUUUGAAAAAUGCCUGAGUGAGGGGGUUGAAAAAUCAAAAAGUUCAUGUGACCAAAUCUUGCACUCUGUCUUAAAUCCUGAAGACGUAUCCGGUAGCGCUUUUCACAGGUCAUUGAAGUGUGUAGCUCAGAAAGGUGGCAUCCACAAACCAAGAGAUAUGGAACAAAUAGACAUCAAUGCGGACUUAGCUUCAUGCCUGACCGACAGCAUUGAUGAGGAAUUUAAGAAGAUCUUCCCAAAUGAAGGGACAUGUGGACCAUUCAACGGGGUCAUCAACAAGAUUUCACUUGACACAAAGACGCUGACUCAAAAGCACAAAGAAUUCAAACUGCAACUGAUAUUUCUCUCGACAGAGGAGGAAAAUAUUAAGACAAAACUCAACAAGAUCAUACUGAACGGGAAAAAAGAAAUCUACAGAAGUUUAACAACCACAAUCCAGACGACUAUGCAAGAAUGCUAUACAAAAGCAGCAGCAUUUACAGGAAAGGGGACGCUGAAUAACAUGAAGGACACUAUGAUGGAUCACUUAAAUGUUUCAAAGAACACCAUGUUUGAGCAGGCUAAAAAUGUUAUGUUGGACAGUCUGAGAGUCUUGGAGGAGGACAUCCUGCAGACACUGGAGGAAACAAUGCAGGAAUCAAUCGACCUGUCACUCAAGACAGAUGCUGUCUCAAUCCCAGUUUCUUUAGAUGUUACAGAGGAGCUUGCAUUGGUGAAGAAAUACUACAAUGAACUGAGAGGAAGCCCAGAUGGACAAACACUAAACGCUGAUCCACCUGGUCCAGCAGCUGCACCGUGACACGUGCAGGUUUGCUCAGUGGAGAGAAACAGCAGAAGUCUGAUUAUCCACUGAAGGUCUCAGCAAGGAUGCUGAUUGAGGCGUGAGGCCUCUGGAUUUGGUGUCAAGCAUUUUUAUCAAGAUGUUAUCUUUGUUCUCUUUGAGUUUUGUUUUGAUGUGUGCUUUGAGUUUGCUUGUUGUGAAUUACAUGCAGACAGAUUUUAGAUUACCUUUUUUUUGCUAGAACGUUUUUGCCUUUAAUUGAUUGUAAAUAGACAGAAAAUGUUUGGAGAGAGAGAUAUGGGGGGGGGGAUAACGUGCAGGAAAGAUCCCCAGCCUGAUUUUAACCAAGGACGCUGUUUUCAUUAUUACGGGUCGUAGCCACUAGGCCACUGUGACAUCCCAGAGACUUUUUGUUUUUAUUAAUAAUUUUAUUAAUGUUUUCUUCUUCUAGAAUAUUUUUUAAUGUUUUUCAUCUAUGUUUUUAUUAUAUUACUUUAAUUAGGGUUGAUUGGGAGGGGUGUGCUGCAAUUUCCGGGCUUUUAUGGGUGUUCACAUUAAACCUCAAACCUUGAUUACAGUGUAGUGUAGGUGGAUUUGACUUUAGGCUUUUCCAAGAAUGAUCUUGAAUGCUUUUUUUCUUUUUACUAUUAAUGACAAAACUGUUGCUUACCUCAAAAUUCUGGUUUGUGUGUGUUUAUAUAAAGGAAAUAAAGAGAAUUAGAUGAUAGUAACCAGUGGCUUCAUCAUGGGAAAAAACAAAAAACGUUCGAACAUUCAUUUGUUCGUUUUGUUUUGAUCUGCAUUAAUUCUAAAUGCAUACAUGUAAACUGUCCAAUACACCUAAAUAAAGUUUGGUUUUGAGUGAAA